AGAGUAGUUAACUGUAGUGGUUAUCUUUUGAAUAAUUUGCCUGAUCAUAAGUCUAUAAUUACUUGAGCAACUCCUUUCCCCACCUUCCCCUGCCGGUUCGUUCUGCAGCAGUGGCCUUGAUCUAAAUUGGAGCCGAGCCUGGUGGAUAUGCUUCUCUGAAUUCACAGGUGGAAAACUGCCCAUAACCAUGGUACUAGCAGAAAUUACAGUUUUGCUGAUCCAAUGUUUGGUCGUUCCGAUCAUUACCGAGCUCGUCAAGGUGACACUUAAGAAGCUCUCGUCCGGCAAGGAGUUGAAAGAACUGGAGGCAGGUCUCGGCGAAAUCAAGAGCAUGGUGGAUCUAGAAACGAUGUCCCUCCGAAGGGACCCCAAGGUUGUCAUCGGGAGUCUGCGGCGGCUCAAGGGCGCCACUGAGGCCACCGAGAGUAUCUUGGGCGAUCGCCGUACCACUGGGAUAGCCAUGGGACGCUCGAUUGCCUACUUGAGCGGGAAGACGCAGCUCCUCCCCCAAGUUUCAGAGAGUAUUCUUCCUUCUGUUCGCUCGUUCGUGCAGGGAAUGGAACCCAAUCUGCAGAAGGAAAAUGUAAAUGAUGAGGACCCAGUGCGCCAGACCCUACGGAAACUGGAAGGGUCGGUCGCGUCUCUCCGCAGGCCGGCGGUGGAGCAUAGGAAGGGGAACGCUCUCCGUAGGACAGUUACGGAAGGCCUACCCGGGCCAGUGGAGCCUCAGAGGGAGAACGAUCUUCGUAGUACAGCAGAGGAGUCUCCAUAUGGGAUGUCUCUCCGCGAGUAUGUUUUGAGCAAGCAAACGGACGAGCCAUCUUCGUGUGGGAAGUCUCUCCGCGAGCCUGUUUCAAGGAAUCCGACAGAGCAGCCACGUGAGGGGAAGUCUCUCCGCAAACCCAUUUUGGACAAGCUAGUGGAGCAGCCUCUAGAGGGGAAGUCUCUCCGUAAGACUGUUUUGAGCAAGCCAGCAGAAGAGCCACAGGAGGGGAAGGGGAAGACUCUCCGCAAGCCUGUUUUGAGCAAGCCAGCGGAAAAGCCACAGGAGGGAAAAUCUCUCCGCAAGCCUGUUUUGAGCAAGCCAGCGGAAGAGCCAGAGGAAGGAAAGUCUCUCCGCAAGCCUGUUUUGAGCAAGCCAGCUGAAGAGCCACAGGAGGGGAAGUCUCUCCGCCAGGGGAAAUCUCACCACAAGCCAGCGGAGGAGCUGUCAGAGGGGAAGUCUCUCCGCAGGCAGCCGAAUUGACCUAGGCUCGCGCUUCUUCUUUUGAUGAUUUCGAUUGUCAUAGGUGUGGUAGAUGUUUGAUCAAGUGUUGUCCAUCUAAAUGUUUUUCCCUUCCAUUAUUGCGUCUUUUCGCUUGUUGAAGAUUUGUAGUAUUUCAAUAAUGUGUUCUCUGCUCAUCCACGGCAAGACUACUUGUAAUUUGUGAUGUCGGUUUGUAAUCAGUUCAGAUGGUUGGUCA